AUCUCUUUGCGUGAUCUCAUCCGUACCUCCCUCAUCUCUCUCUUUGCCAACAUGCCCAGUCCAAUCCUCUUCGCAAGUGUUGGCGACAUAUCCGACGAAGCGGAUCGAAUGGACGAUAACGACCUUUGUGAAGAGCUCCUCCGUGUAGCGACCUACAGCUCAGAGAAAUUUGCCACACCACUACACGUAUGUGCGGUGCAUGUUCAUACAGAUAACAUCAAUAGCCUACUCACCAGCCACGCCCACCUUCUGUAUCCCUGUGACACCCCGCACACCAGCAGCAAUCAUAGUCCUUGCCACAACCAUCCUACCAGCUGGCUGAAUGCGCUGCACAUCGUCGAUUAGUGAUGCAACGUGCAAGCGUAAUGCAUUUGUGUUUCUCGCGUAUUGCGCGAUGCCAAAGGCUGUUGAGUGGUUGAUUAGCGGACACAGGAGCACAAGUUCUCAAAAACAUGACUUCAUCCUGAAACGUAUUCUUUACAAGCUUUUUCACAUCGAAGAGGCACUCGAAGCGAUCGCCCGCGACAUUUAAACCAAGUAUAAGGCCCUCGCUGGCCUCCGUGCAGAGCAUUAAGCCUUCAGCCGUGCCGUACUCAUACAUUGGU